CGAGAGGACGGUCCCGAGCCGACCCGGUGGGGGCGCGGGCGGGGACGCGGAACGAGACCGCGGGGAGCUGGCGGGGGCUCCCAGGUCUGCGGUCUCCGGUGUUACGGGUCGUUCGGCGUCGGACUGCUCUGUUCCACGGCGGAGGCGCACCCUCCGGGCUCAGACGGCACCUGGCCCUCCACCGUCGGGCAGGCUCGGGAUCCCAGGGCCUCUCCCCAUCCUGGGCUUCGGAUUCUCCCUUCCUCCGCCCCUAACCCCCAGGUGCGCACGCAGCACCGCGGCUGCACCCGGCGGGGUCCUCGGCGGCGCGUGCGCCCCUCUGCGGCGCGCCCCCAGCCCCAGGACGCUCCCGGAGUAUCCGACUUGCCCCUGUGGGUGAGGGGAGUCGGCAUCCCGCCCAGCCGGCUCUUCUUCCGCGGCCCACACUUGUGACUUUGACCCCGGCAGGCGCCGGUCACUGCCCUGCCCAGCUCCGGGUCUCUUCAGAGCCCCCCUUCCUCUCCUCUGACUGCGGGUUUAUGUCCCGACCCUGAACCGACUGACCCCUGACCUCUUGGCGCCAGCAUCCUCCGAGGGCCAGCCAGGGCUGUGUUCAUGUCCUUCUGUGUUGGGGACAUGGUGUGUGUUGGGGGGGAGCACAUUCUGGCCCGCAUCCCAGGGCUGCCCGACCCAGUGGGGGUGGGGAGGAGGCAAGCUUCCUCAAGGGCCUGUGGCCCGGAUCCCGCCCCAGGUUGUAACCUUCCUUAGUUUCACAAAACAUCCCGCCUUCCACUUCCUACCCUAGGGGCUCCCCAGAGUGUCUGGGAGGCACUCUCCCUGCCUGUGCCACCGGUGCCUUCCUUGGCCAAUAGAAACUACUCCCACUGGAAGUUGGUGGGACACUGAGUACCCAAGUCAUGUGCCCUGCGGAAGAUGGCAUGGGGCAGUGCCAGCUCAGUAAGCAGCAGGGCCAGCCCAGGAGGCCCGUGUGGCCCAAUGGGCCUGCUGCGGAGGAGGGUGGAGGGGAGGCUGGAGCCACAGCAGGGCUGGGGAGAGGCUGGCAGCCUGCCUCUCUGGCGCUCACCCUGUAGCCUGAGGGGGAACUGUGCAUGGUCCAAGGAGGUGGAAGGGUAGGGUCCCGGAUCUGUGCUCCCCAGCCCUACCUGCUCCUUGCCGGGGGAAGGUAAUAAGGUGGAAAGGGGGCCAGGCACAGUGCUCCGGCCAAUGGGAGCCCUGAUAGCUCCUCCACAUCUGGCUACUUCGUCAUCCAGGGCUCCAGUCCUCUCACUCGGUGGACAAACAUUUAUCACGCGGCUGCUGGCUGUAGCUGGGUGUCAGUGUUUACCCCACACUGGGGGACCUGGAGACACACAGAUCCAGAUUGGCCCAGCAGAUCCUCUGCAGUGCGAGGAGGGGCGUGCAUACCCCGAGGACCCAGACAUAAGGCCUCUGCCAGAUGUGGGGGGGCAGCAGCCCAGAAGUAUGCCCCCUACCCAGCUCUGCUACCCCUGCCUGCUGCUGCUACUACUGCUGGUCUGCCAGCCACAGGCCUCCUCUGCUCAGGUGAUGGACUUCCUGUUCGAGAAGUGGAAGCUGUACAGUGACCAGUGUCACCACAACCUGAGCCUGCUACCUGCCCCCACCGAGCUGGUCUGUAACAGAACCUUUGACAAGUAUUCCUGCUGGCCAGACACACCUCCCAACACCACAGCCAACAUCUCUUGCCCCUGGUACUUGCCUUGGUAUCACAAAGUGCAGCACCGCCUGGUGUUCAAGAAGUGCGGGCCCGAUGGACAGUGGGUACGUGGGCCCCGGGGCCAGCCAUGGCGCAACGCUUCCCAGUGCCAGAUGGAUGAUCAGGAGAUAGAGGUCCAGAAGGAGGUGGCCAAGAUGUACAGCAGCUUCCAAGUGAUGUAUACAGUGGGGUACAGCCUGUCCCUAGGGGCGCUGCUUCUUGCCCUGGCCAUCCUGCUGGGUCUCAGCAAGCUGCACUGUACUCGCAACUACAUCCACCUGAACCUGUUUGCAUCCUUCAUGCUCAAGGCGGGCUCUGUGCUGGUCAUCGACUGGCUGCUCAAGACCCGCUACAGCCAGAAGAUCGGAGAUGACCUUAGUGUCAGCGUCUGGCUGAGCGAUGGGGCGGUGGCCGGCUGCCGUGUGGCUGCAGUGAUCAUGCAGUACGGUGUAGUGGCCAACUACUGCUGGCUGCUGGUGGAGGGUGUGUACCUGCACAGCCUGCUGAGCCUUGCCACAUUCCCUGAGCGGAGCUUCUUCAUGCUCUACCUGGCUAUCGGCUGGGGUGCACCCCUGCUGUUUGUCAUCCCUUGGGUGGUAGUCAAGUGUCUGUUCGAGAACAUCCAGUGCUGGACCAGCAAUGACAACAUGGGCUUCUGGUGGAUCCUUCGUGUUCCUGUCUUCCUGGCCAUCCUGAUCAACUUCUACAUCUUUGUCCACAUCAUUCACCUCCUUGUGGCCAAGCUGCGUGCCCGCCAGAUGCAUUACGCUGACUACAAGUUCCGGCUGGCCAAGUCUACCCUGACCCUCAUCCCUCUGCUGGGUGUCCAUGAAGUGGUCUUUGCCUUCGUGACGGAUGAGCAGGCUCAGGGAACCCUGCGUUCUGCCAAGCUCUUCUUUGACCUCUUCCUGAGCUCCUUCCAGGUGACCACCCACCUUCCCUUGAGCCCCCAUGGACAGGUGCCAUCCCUGACUGCCCUUUUUCUCCAGGGCCUGCUGGUGGCGGUUCUCUAUUGCUUCCUCAACAAGGAGGUGGGUGCCAUUCUGGCAGUCCUGACUCCCUGGACCCACAGGUGCAGGCGGAGCUGUGGCAGCGCUGGCAGCACUGGCGCAUGGGCAAAGCACUGCUGGAUGAACGCGUCACAGGCAGCCACUCAGCCCCAACAGGGCUCACCCGCGGCCCCCUCUCUGAGAAGCUUCAGCUGGUGAAGGGGGUCAGCAGCAGUGGGGCCAGCCAGGACCCCUCUGCAGAGACCCCCUUGGCCAGUGGCCUCCUUUGAUUGGCUGAGAGCCCCUCCUGAGGCUCCGCUGGAGCUCUGGCCAAGGCUGGACUCAGGGACCAAAGAACUAUUCCAAGACAGUCCUGAGCUAGAUGCCUGCCCAAGGCUGGGGCAGCUGACAGUGGCCCCCCGUUGCUAUCCCCUCUUCCCUGCACUGUUCCUAUCCCCUGGGCUAAGGCGAGAUGACUCAGGUAUGGCACGGGAGCUGAGCCAUGCACUGCAGGCACAAUUUCCCAUGUGUGUUGGUGUCCUAUAUGCACAGAAGUAUAUGUCCUCCAAUAAACAGCUCAGGUAGUGGUC